AGUGCUUGAAAGCGGGAAUGCCAAGUGUUCGAUUUGGGUGGCGUUCGGCUGCAUUAUUUUGCUGGAGUCUUGGCUGUGUGAAUUCCAUAUCUCAAGAGGAAUGUUGAUUGCCAUGUUAACUGAGACAUACUGACAAUGCAUCAGUUUUCUGCCUUAAGACGUUUUAAAUGACGUUUUAUAUUUAACUGUUAUACUGAUAUUGAUUUUAUGUUUAAAACGUAUUCUUUAUUCCCUCAUUUUCUAAUUUCUUUCAAAACGUAGAGCAUUUUGAGAUCAAAACUUACAGCAGGGUCUAAUUGAUUUCAUUCUUAUGCUUGAAAAGUUAUAAGAAGUUUCUAACUGAAAAGAUAAGAGCUUUUGAUUUUCAUUAAAUUGGAAAAAUAAAAGUCACUGAAUUCUUUUCCUAGACAGAAAUAUAUUUAAUAUCUUUUAAACUGUUCUAAUUUAAAAUAUGAAAAGGAUUUCAAGAAUUAGACACAGAUUUUAUUUGAAAAUUUAAGAGGAAUUAGUUAACUAGGAGUGUCGCCUAUAGAAUGUAAAGCUUCUGAAUGAAGUAUUUCACUUUAAUUCUCAGUUUUAACGUAAUUUUAAUAACAGUUUAAAAUUCUAUUUAACAUUCUAGUAUAUAUACACACCGCAAUUUACGAUUCUGUGGCUAAAAUCCACUUCCUCAAUUAGUAUCAAUACAUCUUAAAUUGUGUCCUUCUUCAUUGCCCCCAUGGCAACCUAUAUUGAGCCUUGAACUUCUUAAUCAAUAUAUUUCGUCUUACCAUAUCCCCACUAAUGGUUCUUCAAUUCGCAGUAUUGAAAAUAUUAAAUCUUUUAUCAGCACAUCCAAUCCUUUUGAUCGCGCAGAAUUUCAUAUGUACCUUCGCUUGACCAUACGGAUUCAUAUGGAACUUUCUUUGUUAUGUUCCAUUUAUUCAGGUACCACCAAAUUCGUUUGUUAAGGCCUCUUUUUCGAAUAUUCCCAAAGCGUUUUCAUUUCUUGAGAGUAGUACCCAGUUUUCAAAGACGGAAUAAUCGAAAAAUAUAAUCCAUUUAGAUUUUUGUUCUGAAGUAACUUACUUCUUCGUUUAACUAAACCUAAUUUCAAGAAUUUAGGCAAUCCAAAAAACAGCAAUUAGCUUCGGUGUUUCUACUCUAAGUUUCUGAUCUUCAACCAUUUCUGAUUUUAUGUUCAUGAAUCUAAAUAAGAUAAACAGAGUCACCUUUUCAGUUUUGAGUGGGUCAGUUUCCCAUGAGAUAGACUUAAUCGUAUAUGAGAUACACUUAAUUUUGUUUUAAUUUACGUCUACGUCAUUUCUUUUGUUUCGCUGUUCAGAGCCAAGAUAUCUUGUUUUAGUGCUGCAAGCUUUUCUAUUUAUGAAUUAUACACACUCUAGAUGGGAAACUUUAUUAAAUUGCUACUUCUGUCAUUAGAGUAGUUAAUUAAAAUUAGCUAUCAUGGCAAUUAGCUCUAAAAAAUCGACGGGCGAAACGUACGAGAUAUGUACUCUUGCUGAGGAGAAUGCAGAAAUUAGCAUAUGAAAAACAUAUAUAAUUAGGUACACUAAUGUUUAUGUAUUCUGUAUUUCAAAGAAAUCAGAUAAAAUUAUUAACUUUAAUAAUAUUCUUUUUACUUGCAUUAAGUACUUUCCUAACUCCCUGAUUUUACAUCAUUACCAUAACCAUAAGUAUCUAAAUCGUAUGCUGACGAAGUUAAGUUGAAGACUACGUGAAGCGAAGAAAUACGAGUGAAAACGAUAAUUAUUUAUUUUUAGACUGGCAUUUUGUAACUUCAUUCCUUUCGUAACCUGUAUUUUCGAGAACCUUUACGUACUGACAAUUAAAUUUAAGCAAACUGCUGAUUUUUAUAGUCAUAGAAUAAAUAUAAAUAAAACGUGCAGAUAUAUGUGCAAGAGAUCCGCAGCUGUACCGUUCGGAAUUCUCAGUUCAUUACGUAUUAAUGAAAUGAUUAAAUCGUUCAUCAUUUUUAAUGUUUUAAAGUCUAAUGAAAUUGGAAUAGAAAAUUGUUUUGCGUCAUUACCACAAAAAGUAGUAAUAAUGACAACAUGAUGCAUUUACUUUAAUAAACAAAGCAAAUUCAUUUCGCAGAAUCUUAAUUUCGGUUACCACCUCAUAAAUGAUCCAGAAGACAAAGCUCUGUAACGACAGAAACACGAAAAUGGCUGUCGUUUCGUGGAAUUCACGAUUGCUAGGUAUUAUGGUUUGCAGAACAUGGUGAUACUUCAACUGUUACAAGAAAAUAUUUCUUAUUUCGUUUCCGUUAAGAACGGAAUAUUGUAAUCAAAAUUUGAUGAUGGAUAUCUACCAAAUAAUUUUCUACGAAAGCUUUUCGAAGGAAAGUAAUUGAAUACCGCUUCUUUAAUUUGUUAUUGGUUUGAGAUCUUAGUUGUUGUUUUAAAAUUUAUCUAGCAAUAAUUUUAGAAGUUUCAGCAGUUGUUUUGUUAAUGUGUAUUAAUUAUGAUUAAAGCAAAAAAGGUAAGUUUCUCAUCGAAGUUGGGGGAGGGAGUGCACCUUAGACGAAAGCAUUUCUUCCGUGAAAGAAACUGGUUGUUUUAAUUGUAUACAAUUAAUUCAUGUAGUAUUUGGUUAUUAAGUUCAUAAGCAAUUUAAUGCUAUAAAUUUUGUCGAGUAUGUAUAAUUUCAUAUUCAUUUCGACUAAUUAAAGUUUGUAAUAUAAACAAUAAUAGUUCUUUAGAUUCUUCUCUUUUCUUCCAGUUAAAAAAAAAAAAAAAAAAGAGAGAGAGAGAGAGAGAGAAGAAGAAGUAACACAGUUUGUUUAAAAUUGCAUGAUCUUAAAUUUCAUGCACACAAUAUAAAAUGAAACCGUUAAAACAAAACUUAGAAAAAGGGGGUAGCAUUCAAUGACAACGUGUAAAAAGGGGAUUCGAAUUAGUGUCUGUACCUUGAAAAAAAGGGGGGAGCUGCAUAAGAGGUUUUGUCCUGAGUUCCAGUUUUAUGAAUUCAUUGUCUCCGUUUAAAUAAACAAUUUUUAGUUGCAUGUGACAGUUACUUUCAGCGGCUAAAGGUAUAUCGUAAAAACAUCAGCAUAAGUAUUCAGUAUAUUACUAUUACAUGUGUAGAGCUCAUUAGAUUUAUUGUUCCAAGAAAGAUGCAGAAAUGUGCAAUGCCGUCCCUGAGAUUCGAACACCGAACCUCCUGAUUGUUAACCGGCUGUGCUACCUAGUUACACCAUAAAGGCACAUGGAAAGAAGGGAGAAAAUACUUUAUUACUCCCCCUUUCAAAGAGAGACUGAGGAUGAGCGAUCCAAUCGCUAAAUAAUGGUAGUCACGAAUUAUAAUCCCCUUCUUUUAAAGUUGUGGCGCCACUCGUAGAGUCAUUUAGAAUUUUUCAAAGCAAGGAAAUCGUAGAAAUCUAGAGUGCCUUCUGCCAAUGGAUUCGAAUACUGGAUCUCCCGAUUGUUAGUCGGACGUACUAUCCAGUUACAUCACAAAGCCACAUUACAAAACCUUAUACCUACGUAUUUCAUCUGAGCAUUACAAAACAGCAAAAGUUGAUUGAGAUGGAUUGCAGAAUUGUAAUAGUUUAUUGGAUCCUUGGAUGUUACGAUUGUUGGGAGUUUAGGUAACACUUUUUUUAUAAUGUAAAGUUUAAUUGAUUGAAUCCAUAAUAAAUAUAGGAAAUUGAAUUCAAGUCAUGAAAAUAAACUUAUUUCACUAUUUAUUUUUUUCGUAAAUUUUUAAUAGUCUUGUAUUUAUUUUUCCAUAAGUAUUUUGAUAUUCUUUGCUUUCAUUGUAGUACGCACAAUUUGAAGAACAAAAAAAGCUAAUUAUUAGAUAUGGCGGCUUUUCGAACUCUUCAACGUAUUUUUUCAAAAUUGUUUCCUCUAAGUAGGAUUUCAGUUAAGCGGUAUUUCGUUGAACAAUGUUCAAUUAAGCGUAAGCUUAAUAUAUCGCUUAAAACAGUUACAUUUGUUAAGCUUUCGAAUGAAAAAUUCUGAAAAAUACCUUUUACAUCAGACAAGCAUUAAUUUAGGAGCAUGGACUUGAAAUUCCCGUUGACAGAAAUGAUCAAAUUCGAAAUUUUGAACCUCGCAGUUUAAUUUUAUAUAACAUUUAAAAUCGGUAUUUUGCAAUCUUCCCCGCCUAAAGAACAUUUUUGUGUAUUAUGUAAUCUCCUUGAAAUAUUUUGUACAUGAUAAGGAUGAAUUUAUAAAUUUUAACCUUUUUUCGUAAAAGGCUUGUAUAAAAAUUUAUAUUUCGUGCAUUUUUAUUAAAUAUAGUCAUAAUACUAAGAUAAUUGCGACCUGAAAGCCUCAUUCUUUAAACUGAAAUCAUGGGCCUGUACUCAGUAAGUAGUUCAAGAUAUAUUUAAUUGUGCAUACUCCUUGAAAAACCCGGGAUAUUAAUGGUAAAUCAUCACUAAUUUUUUCAUCUUCUUUUAAGCUCGCAGGGCCUAAUUACAGUCUAGGACUUUAAGGCCCAAGCUUAAAGCCGCCAAAUAGCCCAUUUCCAGGACCUUUUUUUUCUUUCAUAGCAAUAAGGAAAGUAGGUAGUGAAGGGCUCCUGAAAGAACAUUAUGCUAGAGGCUUACCGUUCUUAAUUACAGUUUAGGCCCACAAGGCCCAAACUUACAUCAUCCAAAUAGCCCAUUCCCGGGAUCAUUUUUUUUUCCUUCAUAACAAUAAGGAAAGUAGGUAGAGAGGAGCUCCUGAAAGAACGUUAUGCCAGAGGCAUACCGUUGCUUAAAUACAAUUUAGACACACAAGGCUCAAGCUUAGAGCCUCCAAAUAGCCUAUACCCAGGAUCAUUUUUUUUCUUCAUGGCAAUAAGAAAAGUAGGUACUGAGGAGCUCCUGAAAGAAUGUUAUGCCAAAGGCCACGCGCUGUAGCAUCGGGCCCUGGAAACUUUUUCAUGCAGGUAAAAUACCCUCACCUGCUGAACUUUCUUUUAUACAUUUUUUUCGUAUUAUUAUUAUUAUUAUUUCUGUUUUGUCUUUUUAUAAAAAAUCAGUUGCAUUCAUUUAUUUUUUAUUUCUUGGCUGAUCUUUGCAAAUUUCUCAGUAGGGAGCUCGUGUGAGUUUCUGUCUUGAAUUUUCCCUUUCUUUCAAUGAAAAGACUGGUAUUUAUAAAAAAUGAGCUCCAGCUGUUGUCUAAGUUUUUACUUUCUGGUUUUGUACGGCAAAAUUUUAAAUAAUUGAUUUGUUUAUUCAUUUACGUGUUGAACAAUUUUAUUUAACUCAUUUUUUAAUUUGUUUGCCGUUUUUCCUGCUUUUUUACUCAAAAUUAAAAUUUUAAUCUAGCAGUCCUCUUCUCGAACUAUAUUGGAAGGAAAAUGUACAGGAAUUCUGUAUCAAAUGGCGACUGUAUUUUUCUAAAAAGUAAGAAGACGUAAUUUAUAAUUUAAUUUUUUACAUUCACAGUUUCGAAUAUCAGAUAUACAUCAGUUGUAACUAUUUUUAUCGUUAGGAACCGUUAUUGCCUAUCAAAUAACUUAUGAUAAAUCUAAAAUCUCGUUCAACACCUAAUUUCAAUAAAAAUAUCAUAUAUAUAUGCAUAUGCAUACAUAUGAUCUGAUUAAAAAUAUAGAAAAAAACUCAUUAAAUUCAAUGUGACAUGUAAUCCCUAUACGAUGAGUCUUCCAUAUAAUUUGCUUAUAAUUAAAUAAAUGUAGUACGAACUUUCGUUGAAGAUCCUGCUACAAGAAUAUUUUCAUACUAGAAAAGAAGAAUAAACACAGAGACAUAUGCAUUUAAUUAUUGUUACGUCUGGAUCAUGAAGUCCAAAUUCCAAACGGAUCUUUCGCCGCAAUGCAGAGGUUUCUGGAUACAUGAAUCAUAAUACCGUCAUUGAGAUUCAGUUGGUUAUCCUUUCAUCAAUUCCUAUUCUUCAGGUGCCGGUAUUGCUCUGUGGAAGGUUUUGAGUAAAUCAAGGACUAAAAAUGUUGGAAUCUUUUUCACGACUGAAAGCUCACAUCAUGACCAAUCGUCGAAGUACGGAGACCUUCGUUUUCUACCUACACUAUCGUGUCACGUUCCUCAUUCUGAUGGGUUUGUGUGUCCUCAUCACUACAAGGCAAUUUGUGGAAGCAAAAAUCGAGUGCCUAUCAAACCGAGAGAGUGAGGUCAGUCACUCGCUUCUGGAAACGUACUGUUGGUCAUCUUCAACAUAUUCGGUAACUUCGGCUUAUUUAAAAGAGGUUGGGAUAGAAUCUCCUCAUCCAGGAAUCCGAGCAUCCGAGAAUGAAUCUGAGUACGUGUACAGAAACUACUAUCAGUAUGUUCAUUUAGUUCUUUUCAUCCAAGGUUUGCUUUUCUAUUUGCCACAUCUAAUCUGGAAAAGCAUUGAUAGGGAUCAUAUGGACAGCUUUUACAUCGUCAUCAGUUCUUGUAAGGAACAGUCAAAGCACAAGCCCAGUAGCAGUAGCCUGGAAAAGGAAAAGCCAGGUGAUGGUGAUUCUGAUCCCUUCGAUGCAGCUGCAAGUUACAUCGAGGAAAGGUGGGGAACGCAUACUACAUACAUAUUUAAGUAUCUUUUUUGCGAACUUAUGGCAGUUAUCAAUAUCAUGAUACAGUUUUACUUAUUAGAUGUUUUCUUUCAAGGCGAAUUUUUAAGUUUAGGUAGCUUAAUUUCUUCCCAUUACAAAGCAGAGCGUCUGAAAGAUCCUAUACGUCUGUUUCCCCUUGUAACCAACUGUUACUUUCGCAGGAUUGGAGCUUCUGGACGAAUUGACACUGUAGAUGCUUAUUGUGUAUUACCAAUCAACGCCCUGAAUGUCAAAAUCUUUCUGUUCUUGUGGAUUUGGUUUCCUGUCAUACUCAUCCUGUCUUUUGGUAGUCUUAUUAAUUUCUUUUUUGCUUUUUGUAUUCCUAAAUACAGACUUUUAUCUUUAAAACUGAAAUCAAUCCUUUUCAGAAGUCACGUUGAUACAAAGUCGUAUAUGAAAUUAAUAACCACCGGCAAUUUUGGUGAUUGGUUUAUAUUGUCUUGCAUAAAAUGCAAUAUGGAUGAAUUGAACUUCUCGCGUCUGAUGGAAAAUUUAAAUACUAAAAUUAACACCUUAGAAAUAAUCAUUAAAGAACCUUGAAAAUGAUUUUACGAUUUUGAAAUGAUUUAUUGAUUAUGAAUGGUCUUUAUUAGACCAUUCUUAAUACUUUCAAUGUAAAACAGAUUAUACAUUUCAAAACUAAAAUUUCUGUUCAAAUUUAAAUUAAAUAAUAUCAUAACUGUAAUCUGAAAUAAAUAAAUAAGUAAAUAAAACGUUAUUGAAGUUUUUAGAAGUUUAUACAGGGAUUAUAACACUUUUUUCCUGUGUAUUUCUCUUUUAAACUGAAAAACUGCCAUUUCUUUGUGAAUUGAGCUGUUUAUGUGAGAACGUACUUUCUUUUCAAAUAAUAAAAAAAUCUGUACAUGUAGAGAUGGAACUUCUGUCAUUAAUUUUUCGGACUAUUAUAUAGCAUUCAUUAAUAUUAUUAUGUUGUUCUAUAACUGAGUCUGCUACAUGUUUAAAUCGUAAAUGAAUGUAUGGAAUAAAAGAGGUAAUUCUCGUGAUUUCUGUUCAUGAAAUAUAUAUGAAAUUUAUUUAUUUGAUUACAAUAUGUAAUUUAUUUUUAAUGAAUAUUAUGACUAUUUCUUAAUAAAUUAAACAUAAGAAGUAACGCUAUAUAGAGAAAAUCAAAAUAAUGUAAGCAUAUGUUGUCUGUAAUCAGUAAUUCUUAUUUUUCAUAUUUUAGAAGCUUUUAUGUAUAUCUCUGAAAGUAUGCAUUAAAUACGUAAAAAUAUAAACAAUUUUAACUAUUGUAUAAUUGCUUUUUAUUACAGUACUUUGAUCUUCAUAUUGUAUUAAUACAAAUAUUUUACAUAAACAAAUAAAUUUCCAAAACGUUAGAAUAAGUUUCUAAAUCAACUUUAUGACUGCUGUUUUUACAUUCAUUAUAAAGCAUUAUUACUGCUUGCUAUUAUCCAUUAUUACUGCUGUUUUUACGUCCAUUAUAUUAUCCAUCCUUUUCCAGUAUAAAGCUUUUGUUUUACUGCAUAAAUUUUUGAAAUAGAAAUUUAUGUUUUCUAUAUUUUUCUGGAGAAAAAUAUACAAUGUAGUUUUAUUUCUGAUGAUAUAAGGGUAAUAUUUUUUGUCUUAGAAGAUAUAAUAAUUAUUGCCAUUUUUAAAACAUCUCUUUUUAUGGAAACUUCGGAAGUUCAAAGUAAGAGUAAAUAACGUAAGGGAAAAGAAAAUAAUUUAAUGCAGUUAAAGGGUCAAACUGGAAGAGAACACACCAGAUAAAAUUUGAAAUUAGGCAAGAAAGUAACAAGUUUGGCGUAGUUUUGGAAUAAAAACUCUAUUUAUUUCAAGGCCGAUGAGAUAUAGGUCCCUCUAAUUUUCGAUUUUUUGCAAAAGUAUUUUUGCUUUUGAAGAAGACUUUUCAUUUAGAUUUUUAAAAAAAUUGAUUUUGCUUUUGAAGAAGACUAUCAAUUUUGAGGGUGAGACAUGAUCUCGUUCUCAAAAUCGAUAGAGUUUUAUUCAAAAUAUACGGCAAACUACUGUAAUUUUUUUUUUGUCUAAUUUAAAGUAGUUAAAGAAUUUAAUGCUAAAAAUAGUGUUGAAAUUGACUGGGGUGUAUUAAAUGCAUAAUUCAUUUUUCUCUUAUUAAUUGCAUAUAUUUUCGUACUAAACUCUGUUUUAUGUGUAUCUUCUUUAGUUAUUUCAGUGCUUUCUUGCUUUAUUAAUAAAAUAUUUCCUCUAUAUAUAGACUUCGCUUUUUUGUUUUAACUUCUGCUUAACUACUAAUUGGUUGAAAUGUUUUCAUUAAAUUAAUUUUUCUGCUUUCCUUUGCGUUUGUUUACUAAAUUUCUGAAACAUUACAGCCAAUUAGAUAUUGGCUACAGAGUUUUCUGAUGGUCGUAGUUAAUUAACUAUUUAUUCUUUUCUUGUUUCAUUUUUACCUUUCGUUCAUAUUCUGUUAUAUUUUGUUUCAGUUAAACAAUUCUAACCUGUAGUUUUAAGAAAAAUAUAAAGCAUUAAACAUUGAUGGUCGAACUCAGGGAUUUUUAAACGUAUUUUCAUGCAUACAUAUUGUAUUAUUUUUCUCUCACUAUCACUAAAUAAUAUAUCAUCUGUUAUGAAUUUUUUAUAUUUUUCGGAUUGAUUUUGUUCACUGUGAGCUAUAUUCGUAUUAAAGAUUAAAGUAUUUACUUCAUAUGCAUUCACUUAUGUGUUUGUACAGAGGAAUAACUAUUUUUUUUUUUUUUUUUUUUUUUUUUUUUUUGAGAAGAAGGCAAUGUCUCUGUUUAUACU